CUCUAACAAAGACAAAACAGACACUUCAACUGAUCAAGAUCUCUCUCCUCCUCCCCCCUCUCACAAUAUAUAAUUACAUAACGGUCUCUUCAGAAUUUCUAGGCUCUUAAGCAACCUCAAAGGAUCAGUUCCAAAGCAGAACCAAGUCGCUGGCAUGUGAAAAGUCCAUUUACAAACCCAUGGAAGAAGAAUUCAACGCAUGAAUCACAGUUUCAUGGACCUUUUUGCUCUGUUUCUUGUUCUGGGUUUUGCUUAGAAUUGAAUAAAACAGAGUCGAUGGGUUAGAACGAUAGAAUCUAUGGAUACCCUAAACGGGUUUUCAACAACUACCCGUUUUGGGUCGGUGGGUAUGAGUCGUGUUUCUGGGUUUGUCUAUCAGCAGAUGUCUCUUUUUGCUUCUUCUGUCAGAGUCUCUGUCUAUGCCCUGUUCUUCGCUCUGUUCGGUCUCAUCAACAAAAUCAUGUACAGAUUUCAAGGUGAUGGCGGUUCCGGUAAGACGGAUUCAAGUCGCUUAGAAAUGGAUUCCAAAAUUGCUGAACAAGAAGCUGAAACAGAGGAGGCAAAACAAGAAAUUCUUGAACGAGAGAAUACAAAAGAGAGCGACGAAUUUCAGGAAAACGAGACACCCAAUUUCGUCUUUAAGUUUCAAUUUCCGUCAUAUGAGGAAUUCUGCAGAAAAAUCAAUACGGGGAAUGGUGAUUCUGUUGUAUCGGAUUUGGUGUCAGAAAAGCACAUGGAGGAAGAACAUGAAGUUGUCAGCGGUACUGUUAUGGAACCAAGUACUGAUUCCAACAUUGAUUCGUUAGGAGACGUGGAGAUUACUGGGAACAAUGGGUUCUUAUCUGAUAAGGAAUUUGUGCAAAAACAAGAAUCAGAAGAAGCCAUUCGAGAUGAUAUAAAAGAGAAUUCGGAAAAUACUGAAGAAUCUUUGACAGAGAAGCCAGAGGAGGCUACAAUGGUACAAAAUGAAUCUCUUUCUCUUCCAGGGCAGGAUGAUGCUACCUCUGUAGACGAAAAAUGUUCUAGUGAUGAAUUUAUAUCAGAAACUAAUCAGUUUCUAUUAGAGAAGGAUUUCAUUUCAUAUGAUUUCGACUCGGAUUCGCUAACUUCAAGCCAUGAUUUUACAAGCCAGUUCAUUGGUUCAAGCAGUGAUGGGUUCUUGUCUGAUACAGACUUUGAAGAAGCUUUUGAGCUUGAUGAGUUUCGUGGAGAAGAUAGAGAUGUAAUGGAAGAGCUCAACAUGCUAGAACAAGAGUCUUGUAUUGAAGAUAAAGCCAAAGGCAGUGUAGAUGAUUCAAAGGAAUCCUAUUCGCAGAAAUCAUCGGCUUGUGAUUCUGAGAAUUCAAAGGAGUCCGAUUCGCAGAAAUCAUCGGCUUAUGAUUCUGAGGAUUCAAAUGAUCUCGAAACGUUGUGGGAACACCAAGAUUUGAUAGAGCAGCUUAAAAUGGAGCUUAAAAAGGUAAGAGCUACUGGUCUUCCUACAAUACUUGAAGAAUCUGAGACUAGUCCAAAGAUAAUGGAAGAUUUGAAGCCGUGGAAGAUCGACGAAAAGAACAAUCCUGAAGAUACAAUGAGUGAGCUUCACAAAUUCUACAAAAGUUACCGGGAACGUAUGAGAAAGUACGACAUCUUGAAUUACCAGAAGAUGUAUGCACUAGGCUUACUUCAGUCAAAGGAUCCACUUCAAGCCAUGUCAAGCGAAAAACCAUCAGCACCAGCAAUGAAAUCACUUCUGUCGCAGAACUUCAAGAUAUGCAAGCCUAAAAAGUCUGAUAUUGAUCCAACAAUGACUUUCAUUAAAGAAUUGCAUGGUGAUUUGGAAGUGGUGUAUGUUGGACAGUUGUGUCUUUCAUGGGAAAUACUUCAUUGGCAGUACGAGAAGGCACUAGAGCUUUGGGAAUCUGAUCGACAUGGCUUACGCCAAUACAAUGAAGUUGCAGGUGAAUUUCAACAGUUUCAAGUGCUUAUGCAGAGAUUUAUAGAGAAUGAACCUUUUGAAGGACCAAGGAUACAGAAUUACGUCAAGAAGCGAUGUGUUUUUCGUAAUCUACUUCAAGUUCCAGUCAUAAGAGAGGAUACAAAGGAUAAGAAGAGAAGAAAUGGAAAAGAUAGCGAUGCAAUUACGGGUGACAUGCUAGUAGAGAUAAUGGAAGAAACUAUAAGAAUUUUUUGGCGGUUUGUUCGAGCUGAUAAAGAUGCACAUACUGUGAUUCAUAAACCGCGAAAGGGGAGUAAUCUAGUAGAACCACAAGACCCCGCAGAAUUAGAGCUUCUGUACGAGGUUCGACGAAGUCUUCAAAAGAAGGAGAAGAAGCUUAAAGAGAUUUUGAGGAGUGGAAACUGCAUACUGAGGAGAUUCCAAAAGCAAGAAGAAGACAGUUCAGAUCAUGUCCUUUACUUCUUCUCACAAGUGGAUAUGAAAUUAGUGUCGAGGGUUUUGAACAUGUCGAAGAUUACGCCAGAUCAACUUCUCUGGUGUUGCAGUAAAUUAAACAAGAUCAGUUUUGUUAGCCGGAAAAUGCAUGUAGAACCAUCAUUUUUGCUAUUCCCAGUUUGAUAAUGUAAAGCUUUAGUCUUUCUCUAUUGUUUAUCUAGGAAAAUUUUGGAAUGUCUUCCCCCUUCUUGCGCUGCUUCGAUGUGCUUGAUUUCGAUUUAGAAAUCAUUGUAGUGUAGUUACAUAUGAAUUGACAGCAGCAAGUUGAAUAUACUGUCUCAACAUUUCACUGAC